AUGGCCACGUUGAUGGACUACCCAUCGAGGGUGAUGAUAGCAAAUGCGCUGGGGUAUAUGAGUAUAGGAAGUUGGAUAUGCGCUCAACUGCCGCAAGUCAUCAAGAAUGCAUCUCUCAAGUCCUGCGAGGGAUUAGCUCUGCCCUUUCUGUGUAGUUGGCUGUUCGGCGAUAUAACGAACCUGAUAGGAUGUCUAUUAACGGAUCAACUGCCAUUUCAAACCUAUCUUGCCAUCUAUUUCUGUACCAUUGAUCUAGCCUUAGUUGGCCAAUACAUCCAUUAUUCCAGAACAUCUCCCAAAAUCCCUCUUUCAGCUGGACAAACACCAAGAUAUGUGACAUAUAACACCUUGAUCUCUUCACCCCAUCAGUCACUCAUCUUACCACCUGCUACCGCUCCUCCAGGAGUCAGUGGUCGGGCUCGUUCGUCCUCGGGACACUACAUUACAUCUGUACCCAAUACCGCUCGACCAUCAAGGGGUAAACGAACCUCGACUUACAGUCACCUUCCACCACCAGACAUAAACGUUACGUCCUCUUCGCCUGCCGAUGGAUCUUACGCUGCUAUAUACGAAGCUGCCCUAGACGUUGCGAGGGCAGCAGAAAGAGCAAGUCAUAGAAGGCGGAGUAGAUCGAAAAGGAGGAAAUUAUCUAGACAAGCUUCCACUUCGAAUGUUGAAGAAGAUCUGGCGGAUAGUUUUCAUUCGGAACUAUCGAAUAAAUCAUCUUCCACCAUCAACGGUGGUAGCGGUGGGAGUCCGAGAAGAAUGACUCAAUCUACUGGGACACUGUUGAAUGAUAAUAGAGGUAGAUCAAUCACUCGUUCGCCCAUACAUCCAAUAUCACCUUUGCCGAAUACAAAGACCAUUUCCAACUCGAAUUCAUCCUCAAAUGAUGAUCUAGAUGGAUUGCCCACGUCGGGCACAUUAGGUCUGAUAUUAGGUGGUGAGGGUGGGGGUAAUGGAGAAUUGCAGAAGAGAGAGCACCAGAGGAGUCAAAGUCGGAGUUUGAGUUUGGUUAGAGGAUCAGGAGGGAGAGGAGGUAGAAGAGCUGCUGGAGUCGCGUUUAUGAGUCUGGGUCUGCUGGUCGGGUGGGGAGGAUUAUCAAAUAGCGGGAAUGGAAACGGAAGAUCUUUUAAGAGUGUUGGAAGAGUGCUUGUUGAACCUUCUGGGGAAUUAUCAAAUGUUUAUCAACAAUCAUCAUAUAACAACCAUCGAAACUCACACAUAAUAUCAUCAUCAUCAUCAGGAUAUGAAUCAUCAUUACAAUUAGAAGCCGAAGACAUCUCAGGAUAUAUAGAAGGUAUCAUAAAUACCAAUCAAAGGGAAUCACCUACCGCACCACCACCUCAUCCACCCGAUGAACCACCUUCGUUCCAACGGAUUGUGGGAAGGAUAUCAGCUUGGGCUUGUACAACAUUGUAUCUUGCUUCGAGAUUACCUCAAAUAUGGAAGAAUUUCCAACGCAAAUCCGUAGAAGGACUGUCAAUCUUAUUAUUCGUCAUGGCAUUCAUGGGGAACGUAACUUAUGUCUCGUCUAUUCUACUGAACCCAGCCGGAGGUGGUGAUCCAAAUGAAGCGGGACAUUAUCUAUUGGAGGCAUUACCAUAUCUCCUCGGUUCAGGCGGUACGUUGAUAUUCGACAUGACCAUAAUGAUCCAAUCGGUCAUAUAUGGAUCAUCACCACCUCAACCUAUCCCACCUACACCAAUGGAAAGAUCAUCUCGACGUCGAGGUUAUCUCGCCAGCAAGAGGAAAUUGAAACACGUCGAAGAUGGUUUCUCUCACCCUCACUUACAGCAUGUUAGAACACAUUCUUACACUCAGCAGGCCGCUAUCGCUUCUUCGUCCAAUCAAAGUGAGCGAACACCUUUAUUACCUCCUCCCAACAUACACAAUAGUCUUGGCAUAGAAACGAAUCGAAGUAGAAGUAGGAGCAAGUCACCGGAGAAGGCGAACAGUGGCAAGAGGACAGUUGAUCAUCAUCGAGGUGGAUAA